AUGGUGGAGUCGGAGCCCGGAACUCCCACUUGGAAGUUCACUCAAUGUUUUGGCGACAAAGGAGAUGUUGAGGACAUCACAGAGGCCGAUAUCAUCUCCACGGUCGAGUUCGAUCACACGGGAAAUUACCUGGCUACGGGCGAUAAGGGUGGUCGUGUCGUGUUAUUCGAACGAAACGAGACUAAAAAGACCUGCGAGUAUAAAUUCCACACCGAGUUUCAAUCUCAUGAACCUGAAUUCGACUACCUCAAAUCCCUCGAAAUAGAAGAAAAGAUCAACAAGAUCAAAUGGUGCAAACGUCAAAAUGCCUCGCAUUAUCUGCUAUCCACCAACGACAAGACCAUCAAGCUAUGGAAGGUUUUCGAGAAGUCGCUCAAGGUCGUUGCAGAAAACAAUCUCUCAAAUGAACUGACCCCGGGCGGAGUGGGUGGUGGCGGUGCCCCUCGUGCAAAUCCUGUUCACUUCAAGGAUGCUUCGCAGUUGAAGCUUCCUAGGUUGACUCACCACGACACUGUCGUGGCAGCGGUCCCUCGACGAACGUAUGCCAACGCGCAUGCCUAUCAUAUCAACAGCAUCUCCGUCAACAGCGACGGUGAGACAUUCAUCAGCAGUGACGACCUCCGUAUCAACCUAUGGAACCUCAAUAUCCAAGACCAGAGCUUCAACAUUGUGGACAUCAAGCCAGCCAACAUGGAAGAACUUACCGAAGUCAUCACAGCCGCGGAGUUUCAUCCGAUAAACUGCAAUAACUUCAUGUAUGCCAGUUCAAAGGGCACCAUCAAGCUUGCCGACAUGCGUGAGAGUGCACUGUGUGAUCAACAUGCAAAACAAUUCGAACAAGAAGAGGAUCCUUCGUCCCGAUCCUUUUUCUCCGAGAUCAUCUCCUCCAUCUCCGAUGUCCGCUUCUCGCACGACGGCAGAUACAUCCUCUCAAGGGAUUACCUGACAGUCAAGAUUUGGGAUGUGAACAUGGAGAAGCAGCCAGUCAAGACAAUCCCGAUACAUGAACAUUUGCGGCCUCGAUUGUGCGAUACCUACGAGAAUGACAGUAUCUUUGACAAGUUCGAGGUCGUCUUCAGUGGGGAUGGCAGCAAUGUGAUGACGGGAAGCUACAACAACAACUUCAUGAUAUAUCCAUCGGAUCCAGACCAAGAGACGGAAGUGGUUUUGCAAGCCGAUAAAUCCGCCUUCAAAGCUAAGAAAGUUGGAGUGCCGACGCCCAUCAAUACGGGUGCGAAUGGUGCUAAGAAGGGAACAUCAAGAGCUGGAAGUCCAGCCGCUGGUACAGGCAGCAGGAUGAGAAAGGAGACUGAUGCCGACCAGAUCGACUUCAACAAGAAGAUACUCCACAUGAGUUGGCAUCCGUUUGAAGACAGCAUUGCUAUCGCUGCUACUAACAAUGUAAGUCGCCUCUGCUGCAUUUCAUGGACUGUCACUAACCGCAACCAGCUCUUUGUCUUCUCUGCCCUCUAG